UCGGAGUGGGCGGCGAGUACGAGACAGUUUGAACCUGCUCCGCGUCGAGACGGAAAUAUUGAAAAUAAACUGUUGAUUUCAGGAAAGACGGAGUUAAAUGACAGCAGUGUCCGUCAAAACAAGCCUCAGUGUUAUCGCAAAAGGUCCACAUUGAGGCGUGGGAACAGAAGCUUUUGCUGUUUAACAGCCGGUCGGUGUUGUAAAGCCGGCUGUCGCGCUUAGAGUCGCUGCCUCCUGCUGAGCUAACUGCUAACUAGCUGCGGAGCUAACGCGUCGGCUAAGUCCCACACAAAGAGCCGCUCUCCCCAGUGUUCGUCGUGUUUACCCGGAAUCACUGCGCUGAAUGAGGCCAGAGCCUGUCGUCCAGGGCGAUCAUGGUGCUGACAGGGAAGCGUUCGGACAAAGGUCCAGCCUGCUGGAAGAGGAGGGUGAAGUCUGAGUACAUGAGGCUCCGGCAGCAGAAACGCUUUAGACGUGCUGAUGAGGUCAAGAGCAUGUUCAACUCCAACCGUCAGAAGAUCGUGGAGCGGACGGACACUCUGAACCAGGAGUGGAAGACGCGGCGGAUCCAGCCGGUCCACAUCAUGACGUCGGUCAGCUCGCUGCGCGCCUCCAGAGAGUGCACCGUGGAGAGCGGCUUCUCUGAGUUUCCGCGGCAGGUGAUCCCCCUGAAGACGCUGAACGCCGUGGCCUCGGUUCCGGUCAUGUACUCCUGGUCGCCGCUGCAGCAGAACUUCAUGGUGGAGGACGAGACGGUUCUGCACAACAUCCCCUACAUGGGAGACGAGAUCCUGGACCAGGACGGCACCUUCAUAGAGGAGCUGAUCAAGAACUACGACGGAAAGGUCCAUGGAGACCGAGAAUGCGGCUUCAUCAAUGAUGAGAUCUUUGUGGAGUUGGUCAACUCCAUGGUUCAGUACAGCGACAACGAGGAUGACGAGGAGGAGGAAGAGCAGGACUUCAAGGUGGAGAAGAUGGAGACAUGUGACAGCAAGGAUCAGCUGGAGGAAGGCAGCAAGGACAGACAUGGCGGCAGCGAAGGUCGGAGCAACAGUGACGGCAGUAAGAAGUUCCCGUCUGAUAAGAUCUUUGAAGCCAUCUCCUCCAUGUUCCCAGACAAAGGAUCCACCGAGGAGCUGAAGGAGAAGUAUAAGGAGCUGACGGAGCAGCAGCUUCCCGGCGCUCUCCCUCCUGAAUGCACGCCGAACAUCGACGGUCCAAACGCUCGCUCCGUCCAGCGUGAGCAGAGUCUGCACUCCUUCCACACCCUGUUCUGCCGCCGCUGCUUCAAAUACGACUGUUUCCUCCACCCUUUCCACGCCACGCCAAACACCUACAAGCGUAAGAACCUGGAGAACCUGGUGAACACGAAGCCGUGCGGCGCCGAAUGCUACAUGUACCUGGUGCAGGACGGGAUGGCGAGGGAGUAUCCGGCCGGCGCCGAGCGCGCCAAGACGCCGUCCAAGCGCAGCGCGGGCCGGCGCCGCGGGCGACUGCCCAACAGCAGCAGCCGGCCCGGCACGCCCACCGUUUCCUCGGAAACCAAAGACACGGACAGCGACCGCGAGGGGAGCAAAGACGACGAGCGAGAAAACGAGAAGGACGACGAGGACAAGAAGGACGAGACGACCAGCAGCUCAGAGGGGAACUCUCGCUGCCAGACGCCGGUGAAGAUGAAGCUGACCUGCGACCCGGAAGCUGUGGACUGGACCGGCGCCGAGGCGUCCCUCUUCCGGGUCCUGAUCGGGACGUACUACGACAACUUCUGCGCCAUCGCCCGCCUCAUCGGAACCAAGACCUGCAGACAGGUUUACGAGUUCCGGGUCAAAGAGUCGGCCAUCAUCGCCCGGGCGCCGGCCGAGGACGAGGACACGCCCCGGAAGAAGAAGAGGAAGCACCGGCUGUGGGCCACGCACUGCAGGAAGAUCCAGCUGAAGAAAGACGGGUCGUCCAAUCACGUGUACAACUACCAGCCGUGUGACCAUCCGCGGCAGCCCUGCGACUCGUCCUGCCCCUGCGUCACCGCGCAGAACUUCUGCGAGAAGUUCUGCCAGUGCAGCUCCGAGUGUCAGAACCGCUUCCCGGGUUGCCGGUGCAAAGCCCAGUGCAACACCAAGCAGUGCCCCUGCUACCUGGCGGUGCGGGAGUGCGACCCGGACCUGUGCCUGACCUGCGGCGCCGCCGACCACUGGGACAGCAAGAACGUGUCCUGCAAGAACUGCUCCAUCCAGCGCGGAGCCAAGAAGCACCUGCUGCUGGCGCCGUCCGACGUGGCCGGCUGGGGAAUCUUCAUUAAGGAGCCGGUCCAGAAGAACGAGUUCAUCUCCGAGUACUGUGGAGAGAUCAUCUCUCAGGACGAAGCCGACCGCCGAGGGAAAGUUUACGAUAAAUACAUGUGCAGCUUCCUCUUCAACCUCAACAACGACUUUGUUGUUGACGCCACGAGGAAAGGCAACAAGAUUCGCUUCGCCAAUCACUCUGUAAACCCAAACUGCUAUGCAAAAGUGAUGAUGGUCAACGGGGAUCACAGGAUCGGGAUCUUCGCCAAAAGAGCCAUCCAGACCGGAGAGGAGCUGUUCUUCGACUACAGGUACAGCCAGGCCGACGCCCUGAAGUACGUCGGCAUCGAGCGCGAGAUGGAGAUCGCCUGAACGGACCUGCGGUUCUGACCCGGACGCCUUAGACCCAAACGAAACAAACUUCUCUUCAGGAAACUUUUUCUCUACGUUGAUUUUAUUUCCCGUCAACAAGCGGUUCGGACCCGACCGGAACCAAAAGUCCACACUCGGGACCAAAACUCCUCCACCAGCAGCUCCAGGGUUCUGUUCACGACCCGGACGGGCCCGACACUGCCAAACCAAACGGUUCUGACCCAGUUAAACUUUCGGAUCAGAACCGCACACUGAACACUGGGAAUGUGCUCAGAUUGUUUCACACCAGCAAACCCGGUUCUGGUUCUGGUGCGACCCGGAACCAGAACCUCCUCUGCUCUGCCCUACCUGGACCUUCUGAUGGUGCUUCAGUCCGGGUUCUACAGAACCGAUGACUUCUUCCUGCCGGGUCAACCGGACCUGGUGCUGAUCCGGAACCGCUGACCAGAAGUCCUGCUGGUUCUGUGCAUUUAGUGUUUUAUCAAGAUUCUGUUUGGAGAACGGAUCGGAACCGGCCCGGUUCUGUCACCUGGUGCUCAAUUUUAGUUUUCCGGGUUCAUCUGGAUUCUGAUCCUUGACGGGAUGAGGAACCGGACCCUUAAGUUCUGUUUGGUUCUGAACCGGUUUGGACCAGAACCGGAUCAGAACCAAACCCUCAGCAGGUGAAUUAUCAGAACCUUCAUUGUUCUGAUUUGUUUUUGUACAAAUGAAAUAGUUAAAAUAUGUCGUCAUGGCGAUGGAUUCUUUAAGCCAGCUGAUGGUGCAGCAACAUGUGUGGGAGGGGCUGUUACCAUGGCGACAGCAAUGCCAGGGUUUCCUUUUCAACGAGUUUGAACCGGUUCUGACCCGGUUCGUUGGAUUUAAUCUUUCUGGGUUUUUCAUGGACGGUUGGAUUCUGUUUCGGAUCAGGAGGUUCUGGACGUCGGACCCGACCAGAACCGCAGCAUUCCUCCAGAACUGUCCGAAGCGGCUGGGCUCCUGUAGAAUCCCGUCGCUGGUGCUGAACCGGGUCGGGUUCCAGAACCCAACUCGUUAAACUUCAGGUUCUUCUGACGCCGGUGCUGAACCGGGUCGGGUUCUGAACCCGACUCGUUAAACUUCAGGUUGUUCUGAUGCCGGUGCUGAACCGGGUCGGGUCGGGUCGGGUGCUGAUUGUUUUGAUGUUUACUGGGAUUCUGCAGAUUAAAAAUAUUCUGAAUGGUU